CCAUUCGUCCUCGCAAAUCUCCCCCCUAAGCGAUCCCCAUCGUCGAGGCCCAAUUCGAAUCAGCUAGGUUUUCUCUUCGCGACCGGCGAGGCGGAGGCGAGGAUGCCGUGCUAGGCUUUUGGUCGGAUGCGAGAUGAACAUUGUGCGCGGCGUUGCCGAUUACCUCCGCAAGGCGCCACCACCACCACCUCCUCUCGCACCGGGCGGUGAUGCGGCGCCUACCACCUCCUUCCCCGCCAGCGACUUCGACGAUGCGCCCACCCCGCGCGUCGUCUUCAGUGGUAGUCUGGAGGAGGGAGCCUUGAAUGUACUUUGGAAGAAUUAUGAGAAUGCACUUGAUAAGGCCGAGAAGGAAAAUUCUCUUCAAAUUUUUGUCUUACAAUUUGUAGAGACAUUCAGAGAUUGGGGACCACACCCAACCGAGCAAUUGGUUGACCAAGAAUUAGAAAAUAAUGAAACAGUUGUAGGAUGCUCUUGCGGCCAUCCUUCUGAGGUCAUUCUUAUUCUGAUUCAGGAGAUUUCUCUAAUUACAUCAACUUUUACCGAAAGUGGUAACAGUCCGGUAUCUCCUACAAAUCAUCAUUCAGGGCAACAAAAUAACCUGGGUUUAAGCUCACAAAUAUUGCAAGUUCUGGAGUGUUUGGAAAUUCUGACUCGCUCCUUGCAUAACUGUAGAGUAUUCAGCUACUAUGGUGGUGUACAGAAGAUUACUUCUCUACUAAAAGCUGCUGUUGCUCAGCUCAAAAACUUGAACAGGUUGUUGGCUGCAGAAGACCAAUCUUCAGAUGAAGUGGUGGAAAAUGCUAGGCUGAUGCUAAAUAUACUUGUAAGCAUAAUCACCAUAAUUUCAAACUUCAUGAAGUUGGAAAUAACUGUUGGAAGGAUUCCCCAUAUUGUGGAGACCAUAAAGCAUACCCCAUCAAACAACCAUUUGGCUGCAGUCACGUCUAGCUCUCCUGCUAGAACCAUUUCUGAUAUACUUCGGCAUUGGCAGCAGAAGGCAAUUGUUCUUGUGAUGGAAGCUAGUGGUGUCUACUGGUUAGUAGAACUAUUACGUGUUGUUCAAAGGUUGAAUUUGAAAGAGCAGUGCAUUGAUCUCUCACUCCAUUUUAUUACUCUGUGCGCUCUGCGAUCAACUGUUUCUGGUACCCGUGCUCAGAAUCAUUUGAGAAGCAUUGGUGGGCUAGAAAUUCUAUUGGAUGGACUUGGACUUCCUUCUAGUAAUUUUUCAGUUUUGAUGCAUUCAUCUAUCUCAAGAAAUGAAAGGGAUGAAAUACUUCUCCUCCAAAUACAGUAUUUGCAAACUCUGAGUGAGGCAGUAUUUGGCAACGUCAACAAUUUGCAGAUUUUAUGUGAAAAUGGACGGGUACACAAAUUCGCAAACUGCAUUUGUUGGCCAGCAUUUAUGAUUCAGAAGUUCCAUCGUCAAACGGAUAAUACCAAAGCUUCACUUACACUAGAUUCUGCCUCCGGUCUAAUUUAUUUUCUUGACAGAACUGAAUGGAAUGACUACUCUAUAAAAUUGAGCAAUGCCCUUUGUUCUUUUGUUCUUCCUUCAGAGGAUAUUGGACACUGUUCUGAUGAAAUAGCUGUCAGCCAAAUUGUAUUAUCCAUCCCAUUGGCUUACCUGGAGCAAUCUGUGAGAUGGAUCAUAAGGAUUCUUAUGACCGUCUUUCUAUGUAUCAGAGCGUGCACCAAGGAAACUGAGCUGCCAGACCACAUAAAGAUUUUUGUGAAGACCAUUCAAUAUUAUGUGAUUCGCAUGUUCAAAAGAAUUCUUAUUUCAACACCAGCUCUACUCCCAGCUUUUAGAGAGGAAGGUGUAUGGGACCUGAUAUUCUCAGGGAAUUUUUUCUACUUUGGUUCAUCUGUAGAAGACACUCGUUUUCACACUGUUACAAAUAUUCAAAAUGGUGAUGUUAACAGUAACCGAAUAUCUAUUCAUUCUGAAAGCUUGUAUCGUAGCGAUGUUAACAUUCUUCAAGUGGAAGCUAUUUCCUUCUUGGAGUUUGCUGCAACACUCAAUGAAAACACAUAUAACACGCCAGAAUGCACGGCACUGCUAGAUGCACUUGAACAUUGCAUUUCUGAUCCUUUGGCAGUCAACACUCUUCUCAAAAGCUUUCGUGUUAUUCUACAACUCGCGACAGAACAUACUCUAGAUUCAUUUGAAUCAUUGGAUGUAAUUACAAGAGUCCUUAAGGUUGCUUGCCGUCUGGCACAAGAGCUACGAAACUUCAGUAAUUUUCUUUGUUCUAAUGUCAUGGUUAGUCAAGAUGGUUCUCAGUUUAAAAAUAUUGAAGGCAGAACUGAGGACACUCUUAUAUGUACAGAGUUAGCUUUGAGCCUCUUUAUGGAAUAUGUCACUAUAUCGAUAGAUGGAAGAAUUCUUGUUUUACACAAUGCUGACUGCAUUGAGUGUUUAUUUGACUUGUUCCAUGAACAGAACAUUCGAAAGCAUGUGCUGGAGCAAGUUCUUGCCUUAUUUAGGUUGCCUUCAUCGUCAACACAAGAUCAUACAGCCAAAUUGCAGUUAUGCUCAAAGUAUUUAGAGAACUUUUCACGUGCAAAUAAAAAAGAAAAUAUCAACACAGAGUUGUCAAUUGACCUUCUGGUCAACAUGAGAGAGAUCAUAAUGAUGGAUCGCAUGUACUAUCAAAAUCUAUUUCGCGAUGAAGGGUGCUUUCUACAUAUUAUUUCAUUAUUGAAUGGAAAUUUCAAUAAGGUGACUGAUGAGCAGCUUGUCCUUAAUGUCCUUCAGACCUUAACUUUAUUACUUGAAGGAAAUGAUGCAUCUAAGGGUGCCUUUAGAUUACUAGUUGGAGCAGGUUAUCAAACAUUACAGAGCCUGAUACUGGAUUUCUACAAAUGGUCGCCAAGUGGGAGACUCUUGGAUGCAUUGCUUAGCAUGCUGGUUGAUUGCAAGUUUGAGUUAGAUGAGAAAACAACUAUAAAGAAUGAAGAUGCUGUUGUAUUACUUCUGAAUAUUUUGCAGAAGAGCAGCACGUCACUUCAGCACUAUGGGCUUGUAAUCUUACAGCAGUUGCUCAAGCAAUCCAUUACAAAUAGAACCUCUUGUUUCAAAGCUGGGUUGCUAAGUUUUCUUCUUGAUUGGUUUUCAGUAGAGGAAAAGGAUGAUACAGUUAUUGCAAUUGCAGAGUUAAUACAGAUACUUGGUGCACAUAGUAUAUGUGGCAAGGACAUCCGCAAAAUCUUUGCACUUUUGCGAUGUGAAAAGAUUGGUACCAAACACAAGCACACAUCUUUGCUUCUGACAAGUCUCAGUCACAUGCUGAAGGAAAAGGGGCCAGAAGCUUUCUUUGAGUUCAGUGGUCAUGAUUCUGGUAUAGAAAUAAAAUCACCCUUCCUAUGGCCUUACAAUAGAGGGCUAUCUUUUUCUUGCUGGUUAAGGGUUGAAAACUUUCCGGACAGUGGUAUGAUGGGCCUUUUCUCCUUUUUAACAGAAGACGGAAAGGGGUGCUCCGCUGUUCUUAACAGAAGUGCUUUAGUAUAUGAGUCUAUCUAUCAAAAACAUCAAUGUGUUUUGUUACCGCUCAAGCUUCCACCAAAGGAAUGGAUAUUCCUUUCUGUUACUCAUACAAUUGGGAGGGCUUUCUCCGGAGGAAGCCAGCUGAGGUGUUAUGUAGAUGGGGAGCUAGUAUCAUCCGAGAAGUGUGGGUAUGCAAAAUUCAACGAAGCAAUGACUCACUGCACCAUUGGCACAGAAUUAAUGCCUGUUGGUGAUGAACCUAUCUCAAUUGGUUUCGAAAAAACUUUUGCCUUCACAGGUCAAAUGGGCCCAGUCUAUGUGUUUUCUGAUGCACUUUCUUCAGAGCAAGUAAAAGGCAUAUAUUUUCUAGGACCAAGUUACAUGUACUCUUUCCAUGGCGAUGAUUCACUCUACAGGGGAGUUCUUGAUGCUAGAGACGGGCUUUCAUCAAAGAUAAUUUUUGGUUUCAAUGCACAGGCUAGUCAAGGUCGGAGUUUGUUCAGUGUGUCAACAGCACUCGAUAAUGCUGACAAAAAUACAUUUGAAGCAACAAUUAUGGGGGGGACAAAGUUAUGCUCACGACACUUGCCCCAAGAUAUUAUUUACUGCGUUGGUGGUGUCUCUGUAUUUUUCCCACUCUUCACUCAAUUCUUUAAUGCUGCAAGUGAUAUUGAGAAAUGUUGCCGUCCAUCUAUUGUCAAUGAUAAAUUGGCUGCUGAGGUCAUUGAGCUAGUCGCAACUGUUCUGGAUGGAAAUGUAUCAAAUCAACAACAGAUGUAUCUGCUUUCCGGGUUAUCCAUUCUAGGAUUCUUGCUUCAAUCAGCUACCCCACAGCUCUUAACCACCAAAACUCUUUCCGCACUGAAGUACAUGUUUGACAUUCUGAGGAACUGUGGCAUGUCAAAAGUUCUCCUCAAAGAUGCUAUCUCACAAAUUUUUUUGAAUCCACAAAUAUGGGUAUAUGCAAGCUAUGAAGUGCAAAGAGAUCUCUAUAUGUUUGUGAUAAAAUAUUUUGAAACAGAUGGAAGGCUUUUACCGCUUCUAUGUGGACUCCCUUGGGUUAUUGAUAUUGUGUGCCGAUAUUACUGGGAAAAGGCAGAUUCUAGGCAUGUUGUUGCUUCCAAGCCUUUGCUUCAUCCAGUUACCAAACAAGUUAUUGGAGAGAGACCUAAGAUAGUUGAAAUUCACAAACUUCGUCUUCUCCUUCUGAGUUUAGCAGAAAUGAGCUUAAAGAUAAAAGUUUCUCCAGAUGACAUAAGAGCGCUUGUAGCUUUCUUUGAGAGGAGCCAAGACAUAGCAUGUAUCAGUGAUAUACUGGACAUGAUCAUCGGUGCUCUUUCACAUGGUGCAGUUUUUUCAUCAUUUGUUGAGAAUGUAAAUUACCUUGGUGGUUGUUGCAUUUUCAUUAAUCUUCUUAAGAGGGAAUUUGAGCCAGUCCGUUUGUUGGGGCUUCAGCUCAUUGGAAAACUUAUGACUGGGAUGCCUUCUGAGAAGAAAGGAACGAAGUUAUUUGCCCUACCCUUAGGGCAGUCUAGACCCAUCUCUGAAAACUUAACAAAAGAACUAAUAGCUGCACCUCAGUUGUUCUUGAAUACAAUGUCUGAAAGGCUAUUCAAAUUUCCACUAUCAGAUAAUUUAUGUGCAACACUUUUCAGUGUUCUUAGUGGAAUCAGUACACAACAGGUUCUCGAGGAAAAUUCUCUAUCUGAUCCACCAAGGGAUAGAAAUUGCAAUCUUUUAAGCUUGCCACCCUUUUCCCUUCCUCAGAUUUUGAUAUGCAUCUUUAGAUUUAUGCAUUCUUGUAAAGAUUCCUCAGCACGCACAAGAAUCUUAAAUCUUCUUCUUGGUUUGCUGGAUUCAAACUCUUCAAACAUUGAGGCACUAAUGGAGCAUAGUUGGAACUCUUGGCUUGAAACAUCCACAAAUCUUGAUGUAUUCAAGGACUACAAAUCAGUUUCUAAAGGUGAGCCUGACGAUAUGAAGACAGAUGAACUAAGUCUUGUGAUGAACUUGUAUUCUUUGGUCCUUUCAUACUACCUGUGCUUCGUUAGAGGUGGCUGGCAUCAACUCGAUGAUACUGCUAAUUUUUUCCUCUCGAAAAUUGACCAGGGACAGCUAUCAAAUUCUAAUUUGCUGAGGGACAUAUUUGAUGAUAUUGCUGGGAGUCUGCUUCAGAAAUCUGAGGAAGAUAAUAUUUUCCUUUUACAGCCUUGCUGUGAUAAUGUUUUACAUUUUUUGAACCUUAUACAGGAGCUACUUGUCAGUCAAAUGGGAAUUAGGCUAUUGUUUCUAUCUCCCAGUAUUUUGGAGGAAUCUUCACAUGAUAACAUAUGGAAAGAAGAUAUUAAGUCAACAGUAAUUGAUAUUUUAAAUACCGAGAGCAAUGGUCAAUGUACAAGAUUUUCUGAUGUAAAUAAAGUCAGUGAUGAUUGGUGGAACUUCUUUGACAAGGUCUGGAGUAUUAUACGUAAUUUGAACGAAAAAGGACCAAGCAAAUUAGUACCAAAGGAUCCAAAUGUUGAGGUUACAUCUUUGGGGCAAAGGGCACGUGGACUUUUGGAGUCUACAAAUGUCCCUGCUGCAGAAAAGACUACUAUGGUAUCUGGAGGUGGAGGUAUUGGUACUGCAUUAGGUAUAAAAAUGAACAGAUUUGCUGAGAAAACUACAGUGUCAAGGGAAGAGAUAAUUCCAAGAAUUUUCUUCCACCUUGUGAUUUUGUACCUCUGCAAAGCUGGAUUAGAGAAUGCAUAUAAUUGUGUUCUACAGUUCAUGUCGUUGCUUCCCAUUCUUCUUAUUUCAGAAGAUGACCAAAGCAAAAAUAAGUUGCACUUUUUGAUUUGGUCUUUACUAAUUGUAAGAUCUCAGUAUGGGCAGCUUGACGAUGGUGCUCGUUUCCAUGUUUUUUCGCACUUGAUUCUUGAAACUAUCAUAUAUGGAAAGUCCAUGUUGGUCACUAAUAUCUUAGGGAGAGAUGAUCCCGUGGACAUCAACAACAAGGAGACUGGAUUCAUCCUUAGCUUUAUACAGAAGGAUCGUGUUCUUGCCGCGGCUGCUAAUGAGGUUAAGCACAUGAAGGCUGUUCAGGUUGAUCGCUUAAAGCAGCUGCAUGAACUUCACUUGAAGCUUAACGAGUGUUCUGCAACGGAGAUACGGCUUGUGCAGGCCAUUGAAGAUGAGAUACAUUUUACUAUCACUGCUGCCCUUUCAGCAGAUGACAGUAGAAAAACAGCUUCUCAACUUGCUUUCCGUGAGGAUCAGCAAAUUAUCACGGAUAAGUGGAUACAUAUUUCCCGUGCUCUCAUGGAUGAGAGAGGACCAUGGUCUGCUAACCCUUUUCCAAAUGAUGUUGUGACUCACUGGAAACUUGACAAGACAGAGGAUAGAUGGCGGCGGCGAUUCAAGCUCAAACGUAAUUACAAAUUUGAUGAACGCUUAUGUAAACCUUCACAGUCAAGGAAUGAAAGUAUAGUGUCUUCAGCUGACCAACUGUACAUAAUUGCCAAAAUUCCUGAGAAAAUGAAGCGAUUCCUUCUUAAAGGAGUGCGGGGAAUCACAGAGGACAGUAGUUAUGAACCAUUUGAAGAUAUUAACGAUGCGAGUGAAUCUUCCCAGAGUAAUCCUUUAGAGAGCCAAAGCCUGAAUAAUGCUGCAGAUACCUCUGACUUUCAUGCUUCUGUACAUUAUAAAAAAGAGCCAUCAUCUACUAAUGGAGAUAAUGAUUAUACAAAGGUGCUAUGUUCAGUUCGUUGUGUUCUUGUAACACCAAAGCGAAAAUUAGCAGGACAAUUGGAUAUCACACGAACUGUCAUGCAUUUUUCUUUUGAAUUUUUGGUCGAAGGAACUGGAGGAUCAUCUGUUUUCAACAAGUUUAAAGACAAAAAAGAUUCAGACUGCAAGAACGAGCUGGGAGGUGUGGACAGACUUGAUGGAUGCCGAGACGGUAUGAUUGAAACCAAUGGUGUUUUGACACAAAACCAGUCUAACAAGAUCAAACGUCACAGAAGGUGGAACAUAGCCAAGAUAAAAGGAGUUCAUUGGACACGUUACCUACUGCAAUAUACUGCAAUGGAGAUCUUUUUUGAUGACUCAAGUGCACCUAUCUUUUUAAACUUUUCCUCCCAAAAGGAUACUAAAAAUGCUGGGUCUCUGUUAGUUUCUCUUAGGAAUGAAGCAUUGUUCCCUAAAGGAAUUACCAAAGACAAAAAUAAUAUUAUUUCAUUCGUCGAUAGGCGAGUUGCACUUCGAAUGGCUGAGAAUGCCAGGGAAAGAUGGAGGAGGAGGGAAAUCAGUAACUUUGAGUAUCUUGUGAUUUUAAACACCCUUGCUGGAAGAUCUUACAAUGACUUAACUCAGUAUCCUAUAUUUCCAUGGAUAUUGGCUGAUUACACCUCAGAAAAACUUGAUUUCAACAAGUCAUCGACUUUUAGGGAUCUUUCAAAACCAGUUGGUGCGUUGGAUGAAAACCGCUUCAAGGCUUUUGAAGAUAGAUAUCUUAGUUUCUAUGACCCUGAUAUACCAAGUUUUUAUUACGGAUCUCACUACUCUAGCAUGGGAAUCGUUCUUCAUUAUAUGCUUAGGCUUGAGCCAUUUACAACUCUGCAUCUAAACUUUCAGGGUGGCAAGUUUGACCAUGCAGAUCGUUUGUUCCAGAGCAUUGAGAGCGCUUACAUAAAUAGCUUAUCAAGUACAAGUGAUGUCAAAGAGCUUAUUCCAGAAUUUUUUUACAUGCCCGAGUUUCUUGAAAAUUCAAAUUCAUAUCAUCUUGGUGUUAAGCAGGAUGGGGAACCUAUAGGUGAUGUUGCUCUCCCUCCAUGGGCAAAGGGUUCGCCUGAAGAAUUCAUCCACAUCAAUAGAGAAGCCCUUGAAAGUGAAUAUGUGAGCUCUAAUCUCCAUAACUGGAUUGACCUCAUAUUUGGUUACAAGCAGCGUGGACAACCAGCUGUUGAGGCAGCAAACAUAUUUUACUACGUGACAUAUGAAGGUGCAGUUGAUCUAGAAAAUAUGGAUGACAUGUUGCAAAAAUCUGCUAUUGAGGAUCAGAUAGCGAAUUUUGGACAGACACCAAUCCAGAUUUUCCGGAUGAAACAUCCAAGAAGAGGACCUCCCAUCCCAAUUGCUCAUCCACUGUAUUUUGCACCACAGUCGAUAACAUUAACUUCAAGUGUUUAUAGUACAGUCAGCCACAUGUGUGCUAUACUAUUUAUAGGUUUGUUGGAGAACACUGUUGUAUUGAUGAAUGAGGGACUCAUAUUGUCAGUAAAGCUAUGGUUGACAACACAACUGCAGUCAUGUGGAAAUUUCACAUAUUCUGGAUCACAGGAAAAUUUCUUUGGAAUCGGUUCAGAUGUUAUCUCUCCUCGUAAAAUUGGCACUUUCCUUGCUGAAAACGUUAAGUUUGGAAGACAAUGCUUAGCAACAAUGCAAAAUAGUUGUGAUAAUUAUUUGAUUUUAUGUGGAAACUGGGAGAACAGUUUCCAAAUAAUUUCUCUCAGUGAUGGAAGAAUUGUGCAGAGCAUCAGGCAACAUAAGGAUGUUGUUAGCUGUGUUGCAGUUUCGUCUGACGGAAAUGUGGUUGCGACUGGUAGUUAUGACACAACUGUUAUGAUCUGGCAUGCAUUUCGAGGAAGACCAAUUGAUAAGAAAAUGAGGGGUCCCAAUUUUGAACUUUCAGAAAAGGAACAUGUUAUAGUAGAAAGGCCUGUUCAUAUCUUAUGUGGUCAUGAUGACAUCAUAACAUGCUUAUUUGUUAGCACGGAACUUGACAUUGUAAUCAGUGGUUCAAAAGAUGGGACUUGUAUUUUUCAUACACUGCGUGAAGGGAGAUAUGUUCGGUCCAUUCAGCAUCCUUCUGGUGUUGGUUUAUCAAAAUUGGUAGCAUCACAGCAUGGGAGGGUCGUAUUAUAUUCUAAGAAUGACCUCUCCUUGCACAUGUACUCCAUCAAUGGACGACAUAUUGCCUCUUCAGCAACCCUUGGACGUCUCAAUUGCAUAGAACUUAGCUGUUGUGGUGAUUUCAUUGUUUGCGCUGGUGAGCUUGGACAAAUAGUCUUACGCUCAAUGCAUUCUCUUGGUAUUGUUUGGAGGUAUGAUGGAAACGGGAAGACAAUUACUUCCCUAGUUGUGACCCCUGAGGAGUGCAUUCUAGCUGGAACCAAGAAUGGUAGCUUGCUGGUAUUUUCAAUAGAAACUCCUCUCCUUCGCAGGGGGAGUAUGCAACGAAAUAGAAUAAAGCCCUCCACAACUGGUUAAGUCAUUGGCUGCAAGAUAUCCACCGAAUGCAAAACAUGACCGCUUCAUGUUGUAGGCAUAAGGCAAUUACCAGCUUAUAGGAGUGUUCUCACGACCAUGUAGUCUGUACAUAAUGAAGCACACUUUUGUCAUUUGCGAACACUACCAAGUUGAAGCUUUUUUUUAGAUAAAGGAUAGUUCAUACCCGGCUUCAUCUACCAAUAGGUAGAAUCAGGCUAAUUAUUACAAGGUUCGGCCCAUAGGACAGCACACAAGUUGUAAAAGAAACAUCUUACAGCGAUCCACCAAGUUGAAGCUGGCAUUCAGGAACAAGGGUUGUCAAGAUAUUCAGCUGGUGAUGGUCCUUGUGCAGUCAACCUGACAAUGUAUCGAACCAAUGCCAGGAACACGUACUGGUUAGCCUUAGGUCUGUAGUUGACUUAAGGGUAGACGCCAAGCAUCUUCGCUUCUUAUCCUUCACUUGGCGGGCGUUGACAUCUAUCACAAUUUUAUUGUAGCAUUUUCACUUGGUGGAGGGGUUAGGUUCGGUGCGGCAGUUUGUCUUUGUGUAGUAUAUAUAUGUACUAGGUUAAUGCCCGUACGUUGUUACGGGUUUUAAAAUCCACGUACUUUAUGUUU